AUGGCCAAUUCUGGAACUCCUGCAGAUCGUUCCAACUUCCGCCAAGCACUGGAGCGUGCCCGUAACUGCGAUAAUGGUGCUGUUGAUGGAGAAACGACCAGGAUACUCGAGACUGCCAUCCAGAAUCUGUGGCGGAGAAUAGAGAACGCGCCGGAUAGCUACGUGCUGAAUGGGGACGAAUUUGCAUUGUUCAACUAUUUCCGUGAACGAUAUCGAAAUCAACGGAUUGCCCAGUUGGCAGUGGAACGGUUCUGGAACAAUUACAGUGGAAACAGCGCAAGCCGUGAUGGAAGUAAGACAUGA